GAGAACUAUCGAUAGUGUAUCGAUAGCUAUCGAUAGUUUCACCUAUCGAAAACAAUCGAUAUUUUUCGUUCUAUCGACUAUCGAUAGUUGUUUCCAUGCCUGCGGAUAAAAUAUAGAAGAAGACUGACAACAUAACCUCAAUUUCAUUUUUUGUAUUUUAAUUUAAACACUUUCCCCUUAGAUUUUCCCCAUUUUUAACCGUGUUUCCAGUGUUUCGCAUUCGUUGUUGUUUUAAAAUUAAAAGAAUACAAUAAUGGAAACAUUUUUGAAUUUGAAGUUUGGCAAAAGUAAAGAGAAUGGAAAUGGCAGUGGUGAUAAUAAUGCUAAGGCAGGGAGUUCAAAAGAAGGCUUUCAAAAUUCUCAACCUGAUAAUAUCGAUCAGCAAACCUCUGCUGUACCUGGAUCUGUGGGUGGCAGUGCGAAAAGAAAGAGGGCAAAAGUGUCAUCGGUUUGGGCACAUUUUAAAAGGUCUGGUGAUAAGAAGCUUGCAAAAUGCAAUAAAUGUGGGCAAGAAUACAAGACCAGUGGUAAUACCUCUAAUCUUGCGGAUCACUUGAGAAGGCAUCAUCUGUUUUUACAAAAUAGUGAAUCCAUAAAUAAUGAAGUUGAAAAUACCAGUGCAUCUGUCUCAUUUAGUUCUGAAACUGCAUCUUCUGCUUCUAGUGCACGUUCUAGUACCAGGUCAGUUAGCCCAUUUUUCCGAAGAGCUUUGCAAUAUGAAUCAAAUUCUCAGCGUAAGAAACAACUUGAUAAAAGUAUUAUAGAAAUGAUUGCACUGGACUUUCAGCCCUUUACAAUUGUGAAAGACAAGGGAUUUAGAAGACUGAUAAACCUACUAGAUCCUAGAUAUGUUCUUCCAAGUCCAUAUACUUUGAGUGGAAAAUUAUUGGAAACUACCUAUCAAGAGGUACAUCAAAAAUUGAAAAAUGAUUUGACUGAAAUAAAAUAUGUUGCAAUAACCUCCGACUCAUGGACCUCUAGUGUUUCUGAGUCGUACCUAACUGUGACAUGCCACUACAUAAAUUCAGCUUUUGAAUUAAAGUCAAUAAUUCUCUCGACUAAACCUUUGGCAAAUGGAAUGAACCAUACUUCAGAAAACAUUGCAGAAUCUUUAGAGAGCAUAUUCAGAGAAUGGAAUAUCGAAAAUAAAAUUGUUUGCAUAGUGACUGACAAUGCGGCAAACAUGAUUAAAACAUGUGAACUACUGAAAAUAAGACAUCUUCCUUGCUACGCACACAGUCUCAACCUUGUUGUGCAAGAAAACUUUAACGACUUAAAGACAAAUAUCAAGAGGUGUAAGGACAUUGUUACAUUUAUUAAGUCGAGCAAUGUUGCCAUGGAAAUUUUUAAAAAGGAGCAAAAUAUUGAUGAUGAUAUAACAAACAAACAGUACAAGCUGAUACAGGAGGUACCAACCAGAUGGAAUAGUACCUUCUACAUGAUAGAAAGAAUUCUUAAAACCAAUGAAGCAAUUAGUCGAACACUGCUGAAAGUACGUAAAGCUCCUCAACCUCUCUCUGUAGAUGAACUAUCUAUUUUAAAUGAUGUUGUGAAGGUUCUGAAAUGUUUUGAGGAGGCUACGAAAAAAAUUUCAGGUGGCAGCUAUGUUACUAUUUCUUUGAUAAUCCCUCUGACCUUUGGUAUCUAUAAUUUUUUAAAUGCAGUUAUCACAGAACUUGAUACUGAAGAAGGGAAAUUAUUUUGCAGUGGGCUUAUAGAAUCAGUGAAGAAAAGAAUAUUUCCUUAUGAAAGUAGAAAUGUUACAAAAAUAGGAACAAUUAUUGACCCAAGAUUUAAGAAAGAAGGUUUUAGAAAUCCAGAAAAUGCUUCAUCUGCCGCUGUAAUUUUAGAACAAGAAAUGCAAGGAGCUUUACGACAAAAAUCACAAAGUCAGAACAUAAAUAUAAAUGAACCUUCAGUGUCCCAAAACAUCCAGACUUCCCCUUCUCUUUUUGCAUUUCUUGAAAGUAGAAUAUCGGGAAAAAUAAAAUCAGUCACAUCUGAUGUCAUUAUUACUAGAAGGCAAUAUUUAGAGAGGGCAAACUCUGCUGAAGAUGCUGAUCCGCUUUUAUUUUGGAAGAUAAGUGGAAAUGAGUUGACACCAAUGGAUGAAUGUGCUAGGAAGUUCUUAUGCAUUCCAGCAACCUCGGUUGAGAGUGAAAGAAGCUUCAGUUCUGCCGGUCAGGUCAUAACGGAUCGAAGAUCAAAACUCAAGUCAACGAAUGUUGAUAAAUUAAUAUUUCUGCAUAAAAACCUGAAUAUAACAGAUAAUAAAUGAGCAAUUAAAAGUU